UUUAGUCUAAUAUCCUCAUUAUGCAGAAAACCAAAACCUAGAAAAGUGAUGUCACUGCCCACCCAAGAUCACACUGUGGUACCAGGGGCAAGGGUUGGAACUCUGGGCUCUUCAUUUCUCGUCCCAGUCCUCAUUGUGCCCCGCUUAAGGUGAGCGUUCCUGGCCCAGGUGCUGGAUGAAAGGUGGUGCUGUCACUUCGUGUCUCCUCUCUGAUAGAAUCCCAUCACGGGGCUGAUGUCAGCCAGUCAUGAGCAGAAGGAUGCCUGGGUACGGGAUAACAUCUACAGCAUCCUGGCCGUGUGGGGCCUGGGCAUGGCCUACCGCAAGAACGCCGACCGCGACGAGGACAAGGCCAAGGCCUACGAGCUGGAGCAGAAUGUGGUGAAACUGAUGCGAGGUCUUCUCCAGUGCAUGAUGAGACAGGUGGAUAAAGUGGAGAGGUUCAAGCACACUCAGAGUACCAAGGACAGCCUGCACGCCAAGUACAACACUGCUACCUGCAGCACUGUGGUGGGCGACGAUCAGUGGGGCCACCUCCAGGUGGAUGCCACCUCCCUCUUCCUCCUGUUUCUGGCCCAGAUGACAGCCUCCG